CCAGCCCGCCGUCUGAUAGGCCGGCCAGGCCCCCUCCCUGCCCACUGCCCUGCCCUCCCGGGCCUAGCGCGUCCCAGGGCCACCAGGCCGUCGCAGCUUCCCUCUUCCCCCAGUGUGUGUGCCGCCUUCCUUCCCCCCAUCGCUCAUCGCCCCGUCGCCCGCCGCCCGCUCUUUCCCUCAUCUCAACAGCACACACCCUCUCAGAGUCACACACUCUGUCUCUCUCUAUCAAUCGCUCCUGCCCCGUCCUGCCCCGGUCCAGUCCUGUCCUGUAAGCUCUUUCCCUCCCUUUCCCUCCCCCCUUCCCUUCCCUUCCCUUCGCUUUCCUCUCUUUCCUCUCUUCCCUCUCCCUUCACCUCAACAACAACAACAACAACAACAACACCAUCUCACCUCACCUUGGUAGUCUCCCUCCCCUACCUACCUACCUACGUACUAUAUAUUCCCAGCCAGCGCUGCUGCUCUGGUUCGCUGUCCCGCGCCAUCCCUCCAGCCGUCCAUCCAUCCAAGUUGCUUUGGGUGCUUGCCGGCCGAUCUUCGCCCAACUGCCCGCCUGCUGCCUGCCUGUCACCACUUGUUGCUGCAGCCCAAGCUCGCUCGCUCGCCUUCAGCCUCCUCCAUCAUCAUCCCUCUUUCCCUCCACGUCACCCCCUCUCUCAACACCAUCGCCUCUUCUCACCACCUCCUACCACCUACCGCCGCCUAAGACGCCAACUACCCUGCCGGCCCGUCUUACUUCUCUUCUUCUUCUUCUGCCACGCUCUCUCUCUCUCUUCCUUCUUUCUUUGCUGCCUAUUUUAUACCCUUAGUACCCUUUUUUUAAUUACCGUGCGCUCCCUUCUUCCGUCGCCGCCGUCGUCGUCGUCGCCGUCGCCGCUGCUUGCUGGUUUGCUCCACUCCUCUCUCGCUCCCUCCUGGCACUAAACUCCGUCUGCGACGUCAUUCCGCAGCCCGCUAGCUCCCGGCCAGACUGUGAAUGAGCCCGACUGCGACUGCGACAGAUGACCGCUGCGUGCACUAGCCUUCCCACCCCUUCUUCACCACCACUAUGCAGUCCAUGUUCCGUCUCCCAUGGAGCACCGAGUCGCCCGCCGACCGCUUCAUGGAGAAGGCUGCCCUGCACAAGCAAAAAUCCGCCUGCAUGCCUGCCGUCGACAUGGCGCCCCUUGUGAGUCAGAUCAAGCGCAAGAGGACGGCCAGCCCAGAGCCCGCCGUCGCCUCGCAGCACGCCCAUGUGGUGAAGAAGUGGAAAGAUGCCACGGGAGACGUCAGGCCCAGCGCAACAUCGCAUCACGUGAACCCGCUCAACAAUGGUCUCAGCACCCCUUCGUCGACUCCCCUUCUUGCCAACUCAACAGCUCCCGUCUCUUCUCAAGCAGCUGACGCUGACGCUCUGGAUUCCCGUCCCAAGGCCCAUCCGUCAAAAAGAGGAGCCGCGCCCAAGCCCAAGUCAUCUUCCACUUGCGACUCUGCGCCUGCAACGUCAACCGAGACGGACAUGUCCGCCCUCGCGCAAAGCAUCGAAGCUCAGAUCAACUACGAAAUCCUGCUCAAGCACAACGAGCUUCGUCUGAUUGAGCAAGAGUUGGCCAAGUGUCAGGUGUCCUUGGAGCAGCUCAGGCGAUGCGCCCUGAUCCCAUUUCCCGGCUCAGAGGGGUUGUCCGCCGACGUCAGCGGAGGUGUCGGUCCUUCGAUGCAACCGCCCGCGGGCUACACGGAGCCUCAGUUCGCCGCGCCUUGGGGCGUCACCGACGGUCCUUACACUCGGCACUACGCCAAGUGGUUGAUUUCGGACAUCAAGUUCGAACCCGUCUCGGAGCGCGCUCUUGCGCAGCAAGCGCAGGGUUAUUUUGGUGGUGCAGGUGAAGGCCGCACGACGCGUGGCAGCUUCGCCGAGUUUGGUUCAACUGGCAAAGCGCGCACGUCGCGAACUUCGACUGGAACGUUGAAGCUUCAGGCUCUUGGUGAAAACCCAGCACCCGCACCCAAAGUCGACCCUUUGCUGCACAAGCGCUCCACGGAUGGACAGUGGGUCCGCCUGUACUGCGCCCAGUGUGGCCACAGCAACUUCUCAAACACCCAGGGUUUCCUCAACCACUGCCGCAUCAAGCACAACCAGGUCUUCAAGAGUCACGAUCAGGCGGCCUGCGCUUGCGGUGUUCCCGUCGACGUCGACCAGGUCGGCGCACCCGUCAUCGCCACCGAGCCUGCAGCAGCAACAGCAGCAGCUGCGACUCCCGUCGUCACCACGCCGGCUGUCGCGUUUCCUGCUCUGCAGACCCCUGGCAACGUGCACCCGCUCAUUCGUACCAAUCCUGCCGAGUUGGCCAAAGACGUCCACCGGGACUUGUCGGAGUCACGUGACGAGGCGAAGCCCAAGGUCUCCGCCGCGGCGGCAAAGUCGUUCGCUGAUUCACCCGCCACGCCGCACCUCAGCAAUCUGCUCAAGCAACGUGGCUUCGCGGGCAACUUGAAGGGAUUGGUCGACAGCACAAAGUCCAGGAUCGACCUCGACGCCAUGGAAACUUCGGAUGACGACUUGAUCGAUAGUGCUGUACAGACGCCCAUCGCCACCAAGCCGACUCAUCUGGCGCGCCUGCCUGUUGCCACUCCCAGCGCUGCUCCUGCGAGCAAAGCCGCGGCAGGACGUCCCGUCAGCCAAAAGGGACAAACCAACGGUCCUCCGCGUCUUCCGCUGUCAUUGCCGUCUGCGCUUCAACACACCGGUCAUCACCUGCCCCGUUCGCCGGUCGAGCUUAGCCCGCACACUGUCGAUUCCAACCCGGGCCUGGUUAGUGACCAUGAUGACGAUGACGAUGAGGACGGUGACGACGCCCACAGCCAACCCGACUUCAUUAUGCACCACGAUGAUGUUGUCGUCGAGGAUGCGAGCGACGUCGAAGGGGUGCAUGAGCGUGCGGGUUCCCGCCAGGGUCUCGGUGGCUGCUUUGGCAAGGGCGAGGGAAGCCGCAAGCAUUAGACGAGGGGCCGGUUGACUCGGGCCACCUCGUCGCCUUUCUGAAAAGAUUGUGUAUUUUGCUUUCUCCUGUCUCCUCUUUUUCGCUUCCUUCUCGCCGGUGCUGGCGUGAAGGCUUUUCCUCUCAUCUCUUUAUCUCGGAACGGGAGUAUACACGGUGUUCUUCCAGCAACGGGGUUGGGCGGUUCUUGCUGGGUUCGUUCUUGGGGCUUUACAUAAGCUUUUGCUAGCUUGUGCGGGUCACAUCCACUGUUCUGUCUUCCUCCUUCACGCUCCACCUACUACUCUUUGUAUUGCUCGCCUUAUUUCUUCUUUUCGAGCUCUUGUACGGCUCGGAAAGUGUUUUUGCUAUCUUCUGCCCCAUCUCAUCUCACCUCACACCCAAAAAAAUACUGUGCGCCUUUAGACACCACAACUAAUAAGGGGUGUUCGCUAAGGCGCUGGGUUACGUCUGUGUAUUAUUGUCUGUAUGGUCUGUUUUUCUAUUAUUACACGUCUGUUGUCUCUUGCUCAUAUCUUGUUCAAUAUUUAGCGGUAGAUUUCUCUGGGUUUCUUUCUCUUGGGUUCUUGGGGCGGACGGACUAAGGGCGGCGGCAUCCUUGGGAAAGGGAUUCCAUCUUCUUUUCUCGAGACAACACCGAGGCUUUGUUCCUUGUAACCCCCGAAACACCUACAAGCCCGGCCCCUCCAUCAUGAAAGAGCGACGGAGGGAAUUACACUUUAAACUUUUUUGGAGUAGGAGGGGGGUGCGCUUCUUUAUUUUUUGGAGUGGUGGGGUUAGGGAAAGGCAAGGUUGGCGUGGGUGGCUAGACUUCCUCUGGAGAAAAAGCUUUUUCCCUUUUUUUUUCUUUCUAUUAUUAUCAUUGUUAUAUAAAUAUAUCAUAUAUACCUUUCUUUUAUUAAACAGGAAACACGUGUUCUUUCUUUAUGGAUUUUUCAUUGCUGUGUUUGGUGUGAUGUAUUUGUCGUAGUCUUGUGCUGCUGUUGUUGUUGUUUUGCUGUCUUUUUUUUUGAACCCUUGUUUACGUUUCUAUUAGACGAUAUAAAUAUUUACUUACCUAGAUAGGUACGCAGGUAUAUAAGUACAUGGGUAGGUACCUAGGUAUGUAUGUAUAAGCAACCUCACACACACACACACACACACAGACACAUGACGUUUACAUUCUUCUUCUUCUUUCCCCUUUUUUUUCCGUAAACAAGCUCUUUUUGUAAACCGAAGAAGAAAAGAUAGAUACCCCCCCCUAAACAAAUGGGGUGAAAAACAUAUAUCUUAUAUCAUUUGAUCUUGUGUAAUGUUUUUUUUUCUUUCAUUUUUUCGUUUUUUGACAUUUCCUUCCCUCAUGUGUAUUUUUCUUUCCUAGCUUUAGGGUUCGGGAUUCGGGAUUCGUCGUUCCUCAUCGUCGUCCCCCAUCCGUUCUCCCCAGAACGAAGCCCAACCCAUUCAUCAAUCAUCUAGACCAAAGUAUUCCAAAGUGCAAAGAAGACAGCAUAUUCCUCCUCUACCUCUACCUCUACCUCCCCAUCAUUCAUCCACCCCCCUCUCUCCCCAUCACCCCCCCUCAUCCC